AUGAACCCACUCACCCCCACAAUCAUUCCCAAACCAAUCAAAUCAAGCAAACACAAAGAAGACGACGAAAUCAUCAUUCCCUCUGCAAGAGAGCUUCAAGAAGCUGGCAUCACCUUCAAGCCAAGCAGAAUCCACAGCCUCAAAGAUGUCUCCUUCAAUGGCGGAAUCCUCAGAAUCCCUUCAAUAAUACUCGAUGACUGCACAGAGACAACCUUGUUGAACCUCAUAGCAUUCGAACGCGUGCAUGUAGGAGCAGGCAGCGAGGUUUCUUCAUUUGUCUUCUUCAUGGAUAACAUCAUCGACAAGGAGAUUGACGUUGUGAUUUUGGAGCAAAAAGGGAUUGUGCAGAAUGCUUUAGGAAGUGAUAAAGCUGUGGCCAAGCUUUUUAACUCACUGUCUAGGGAUGUUUCUGUUGAUCGUCAGGGAGGAGGUUUGGAUAUAGUGCAGGUGAGUGUGUGUAGAUAUUGCAAGAAGCCAUGGAAUAAGUGGAGAGCUAAUCUCAUUGAAACUUACUUCAGAAAUCCAUGGGCGAUUGUGUCUCUUGCUGCUGCAAUAUUUCUGUUUGUGUUGACUAUUGUUCAGACUGUGUAUACCAUUCUUCAAUUCUAUCAACCAGACAGCUCUAGUUCAUCAUCUCCUCCUCCAGCUGGGCCAUGUCUUCCACGACGACGACCCCAACCUCAUUUUUGA